CGUGUGUGUGUGUGAGAGUGAGUGUAAAAUCAGACCUACACACACACACACUGGAUCUCUCCACCUCUCCCUGGAGCUGUUUAAGGAAAUAUCAGAGCUUUUGGUGCUGAGUGAGUGUACUUUACGGAUCAAUAUGUUGUCCUGGAGCCAUGUGGACUGUCUGAGAUAGUGAGACUUUGACACCUUUUACACUUCCUCUCCAUCAGGAAAAACACACCUGUCUCCAGGGUUGCACUUGGAUCGCUGUAAUUUCUUUUCAAAAAUGGCCGACCCUUAUCAAAACACCUAUCAUCAUGGUGAUGGUUACCAGGCUGAAUACCAUGAGGAUGAAGACGCAGCAAGUGAUGUCACUGAGGGUCACGAUGAGGACGACCAGAUGUAUGAGGGCGAGUACCAGGGCAUCCCUCACCCAGAUGAUGUCAAAGGAGCAAGGUCAAAGGUCAGAGUUCGUGCCGAUCAGGAAGAAGACGAUGGACUGCCAGAGCAGUACGAGGAAAUCAUAGAGGACUGUGGACAUGGACGCUUCCAGUGGAGUCUAUUUGUAGUGCUCGGCUUGGCGCUGAUGGCCGACAGCGUCGAGUGUUUCGUCGUAGCGUUGGCUCUUCCCAGUGCUGAAAAGGAUAUGUGCAUGUCUAAUGCAGAGAAAGGCAUGCUGGGUCUGAUCGUUUUCCUGGGGAUGAUGUUCGGAGCGUUCACUUGGGGAGGAAUGGCCGAUAAAGUGGGACGACGUAAAUGUCUACUCAUUUCUCUCACCAUCAACUGCAUUGCUGUUUUCCUCUCAUCCUUUGCUCAGGGAUACGGAUUCUUCAUCUUCUUCAGACUCAUCUCUGGCUUCGGGAUUGGUGGCUCCGUUCCUAUCGUGUACUCGUAUUUCUCAGAGUUUCUGCAGAUGGAUAAGCGAGGAGAGCACCUGAGCUGGCUCUGUAUGUUCUGGAUGAUUGGUGGAAUUUAUGCUUCAUUUACUGCCUGGGGCAUCAUCCCUCACUACGGAUGGGGUUUCAGUAUGGGAUCAGAGUAUCAGUUUCACAGUUGGCGUGUGUUCGUGUUGGUGUGUGCGCUGCCAGCCGUCGCCUCCCUCAUCGGCCUCAUGUUCAUGCCCGAGAGUCCACGCUUCCUGCUGGAGCACGCUAAACACGACGAGGCCUGGAUGAUCCUGAAGCACGUUCACGACACUAACUGGAGAGCGAAAGGAGAACCUGAAAGAGUCUUCACCGUUUCACAGAUUAAGACGCCGAAGACACAGGAGGACGAGUUUUUUGAGAUUCAGACCUCUACAGGAACGCCGGUGCAGAGAUGGGCGGUCCGCACGGCCACGCUUAUCAAACUGGUGUUGAAGAACGUCAUGUCCCUCUUUGCUCAUGAUCUGAGGCUUGCUACUCUGCUCAUGGCUGUAAUUUGGUUCACGAUGGCUUUCAGUUACUACGGGUUGGCCGUGUGGUUCCCAGACAUGAUCAAGCAUCUCCAGUAUGAGGAGUACGAGUCCAAGGUGAAGAAUUUCCAUGGAGAGAAAAUCGAAAACUUCCACUUCAACUUCUCCCUGGAAAAUCAAAUCCACCAAGAUGGAAAAUACAUCAACGACAAGUUUAUCGGGAUCGAGAUGAAGUCAGUAAAGUUUGAGAACUCGCUUUUUGAGAAUUGUUUUUUUGAGGACAUCAGGUCCACAGACACGUAUUUUGAAAACUGCACCUUUAAUUCCACCACCUUCCUCAACACUGACUUUUCUAAGGAGAACUUCAUUGACUGUAGGACGGACGACACAACCUUCCUCGAACCCAAAAAGGGCUGUCAUCUAAACCUCAAGGCGGAGAACGACGUCCUCAUUUACCUGGUCAGCUUCUUGGGAAGUCUGGCCGUGCUUCCUGGGAACAUCAUAUCGGCAAUGUUCAUGGAUAAGAUCGGGAGAAUUAAAAUGAUUGGUGUCUCCAUGCUCAUCUCUGCCGGCUGCACCUUUUUCCUUUUCCUGAGUUACAGUCAGGCGGCCAUCAUCGCUCUGCAGUGUCUGUUCUGUGGCGUCAGCGUAGCGGCGUGGAACGGCAUUGAGGUCAUCACAGUGGAGCUUUAUCCCGCCUCUAAAAGAGCCACAGCGUUUGGUCUCCUGAAUGCAGUGUGUAAACUGGCGGCCAUCUUGGGCAGUUCCAUCUUUGCCUCCUUUGUGGGCGUCACCACAGUCAUUCCCAUCCUCCUGUCCUGUACUGCUCUGCUGUGUGGAGGACUGCUGGCUCUCAAACUGCCCGAAACCAGGGAAAAAGUUCUGCUGUGAUGGAAAGAACACGCGCAAACACACACACAUGGCUUGUAGGAAGAUGCUGUCUGAAACACAGUUUUUGUGUUAACUAGACAUGCUAGUAGACAAUAAAAUACCCAAUUAAACAUCCAGAGACCAAAAUCGCAUGUUUACAACUUUACUCCCCGCAUCCCAUUUUAGUCACAAUACUAAUAAUCAUCAAAUAAAAAUAUUAUCAGGUUAAAUCUCAUCACCUCAAACUAAUUAUUUUCACAAAGACAUUUAUACCUCAGCUCAUCAAACUCAGACUCGGAACUGAGCCGUUCAAAACUCGAACAUUGUCAGUGUAACAGAAGAAAUCCAGGAUUAAAAUAUCCAAGCUGAACAAAAAAAAUUAUCGAUAAAAGAACAGUAACAAACCUGUUUGGAUGUUUAUCACUGAAAAUUUUGGUGCCAGAAAGUAUAGAUGGUCUCAGCAGGUGGAGCUAACGGCACCGGUAGUAUCUGAUCGGUUACACCAAAUAACCUUAGUGAUAUGGUUUAGAUUUUUAUUGUAUCCAUGUUUGCAAUUUUUCUCUCCAAAAAAAUAACAAAACAAAAUUCAGUUAUAUGUCAGUGUUAAGAAAUGUUUUUUUAAAAAGUGUCCAAUUUUACAUCAGUGUUAUUUAACAGUAUUAUCGACAUGAUAAAUAUUCCAGUUUAUGAUUUGUCAAACAAUUAAUCGUCAGCCAAACUUUUCACGGUGAUGCAGUAAAAAUACUCUUAACUCUUUUACUAAACAAGAAGAAUAAUUUAAAUGAGCAGUCAGAGAAGGAAAGAAAGAAAAUCCAUGUUGGUCUGCAUUACACUUAACAUCAACAAAUGUUAAGUGUAAUGCAAAUGAAUGAUGUAAAAGGAAACCAAUAAUAUCCUGCACCUUCACUCACACCUGCUAUAAACAUGCAGAAAUAUGAAGCCUUUUAAAUUAGGCAAUUAAAAACAAUAGAGAUUUUAGAUAUCUCCGAAUACACAUCACUUUUUAGUAUUUAGUACGUUUUCAUACCAUAUUUUUCUUUCCCGACUAUUUCUUGUUUUGUUUUACCUUUUGUGAGAUUUCUGAAAGAUCCUGAUAAUUUUUUAAGUUUAGAUUUUUCCAUCUUUGCCAGAUUUGAUGAGGAGUGUAAGUUCUGAGCCAUUUAUCUUCUGUGUCGUUUUCUAUUUUUAUCGAUUUGUAAUCUCGUGUUCACACUGAAAGUGGUUUAAAGUAUAAGAGUGUGGAACAAAUGUUACCCUUUUAAAGUGGGACAUAGUCACAUGAUACAUUUCUCUUCACCUGCACUACUAUAUCCAAUUAUCUGCUUUAGUUCUGCGUUCAGCUAAAAGCUUUAAAAGUAAUUGUUGUGCAAUGUUCAUAUCACAAAUGAGUCAUUUCUCCUGUAUUAUGAACAUCACGAGUUCCUCCUCUCGGACUCAGACGUCAGUGAACACUGAGCAUUGUGUUUGGUCUGUACUGUGUUAAUUUGAGUCUUGUCUUCUCCCUGUCCUGCCACUGGUAUAUUUUUAGAUUAAUUUUUUGCUUGUUUGUUUGUUUUAACCUUUCUGUACCCCAUGAAAUACGUUAUUUAAUACAUUAAUAAUUUCUAUUGAAAACUGGCAUGAGUUUUUUAACAGCGCCACCUGCAGUACUGGAGCACCCAUACAUAACAGCUGACAUGAAAGUGUAGAAGGUGUUGAAGCUUGUAGGCUUAAAUACUGUAACCUUCUUUAAGUAUGCUGAGAACCUUAUCCGGAUUUCAGGUGGAGAAAUAAAUUCUUGUGGGCGCUAGGAUUAAAACCAUGACAACCGCUAGUAACGUGACCAGCAUAUAAUAAUUUGAAAUGGCUGCUGGUGUGAACAAAUGUUACAUCCUGAUUUCUGGGCUAGACUUGUUCAAAUGCCUGUUUCUUAAGUGUGCUAACUGUUAGCUGACAAGCUGCAUGUUUCCUCUCGUGGGCUGUGUCUGUUUGUCAGUGUCGUCGAGCCAAGCCAACAGUGUGAAUGGCUUCGCGUGUGUUUUGUGUUUUAGGUGUAAAUAGAAGUCAGAUGACUUAUACGACGAUGUGCAGAGCGUGUGUGAAAGCUUGAAUGUUUUGUAUUAGCAGGUCUUUUUGCAUGACGCAACACUGGAGGCUAAAGCUUACUUGCUACAUUAGCAUUAGCUCCAGAAGCCAUUAACGAAGCAAAUUUCACACACCGAAAACAUCUUAACAUUUUAUGUAAGAGGAAUGUUACGGUAGCUAACUUACAGUAAGCUCACUUAAAGACAUGUUGUGGUUUAUUUUUUAUAAAAUGCACUGCUAUAAGACAUUAAAUGCUAUAAAACAAUUUUUUGAUCAUACCAAUUAUCAUAAACCGAUUGCUGAUAUCUAUUUAUAACCAGUUCUGCCAUGUACUCGUUUCCUACAACUAUUUAAGGAACAGUUUGGACAAAAAUGCUAAUGCUAAUAACACUGACUGAAAGUGACCAGCCUUAGCAUGUUUGUUUGAUGAUAAACAAUACAAUUCAAACAAUAUUUGCAACAUUCACAACUUGUUCUGUAGAGUAAUUUAAUAAAAUUUUUGUUCUAGAUCUUUUUUUUUUAAACCUUCUCCUACACCAUUUGCCAAAUGCUAGCUACCCUGAUGCAUGCUAACAUGCUAACUUAACAUUGUUUACCAUUUACAGUGUUUAUGCAGGUUUUAUUUUCGGUGUGUGAGGAGUGUAGUUAGUGUUUCCGCCUUCUCUGUAUUUCAGGCUGUAUUUACACAGAGUGCUAAUCUAUUAUGCUAAUUAGCAUGAUUAGCUGUGCUAAUAGAGCAACUCAUACAAAACAGUUUUGAACACAGCACUUGUUUGCUUUAUAAAGUGUAUCAU